GGAGGAAGUGCAGUUGCUCGUUAACCGGGGGAGGAGGUAUAUGCCACGAGCAGCUGCUCUUUAUUCAUCCCAUCGUUAGCUGGAGGAUCGCUCCCGGGUGGUUCUAUUGAUCAAAUGGAGUCUGAAUGCACGGUGGCCCAUCUGUGAUGUGUCCCCUCUGUGAUGUGUCUUGCCGAGCCAGUGAAUGCGUUGCCAUGCUGACUGAAAUUGUGAUCACAGAACAGCCAGUGUGUGCCUGCGUACCCACAAACUUCCCCCUCACCCUGCGAUGCCGGGCUCAAAGUCCCUUGCCCCUACAUUAUCAGUGGUUCGAGCAGCAGGAGUCUACCUGUAAGGAAAUCCCUGAUGCCAACCAACCAAACCUACACAUUGUGGCUAAACAGACCCAACUCUAUAUCUGCCGAGUAAACGAUCAGCGUCAUCGUAUCUUGUUCAGUCGUUGGGUGAAGGUGAAAGUUGUAAAGAGUUUUGCUAAAAUACCCCCUGGCUGGAAGGGUGACCCCAUCAUAGUCACUGAACCGGUCUCUUCUCAUGUGGCAUCUCAGCAUCCUGUGCAGUUCCAGUGCUGUGCCCUAGGGAUUCCUGCUCCUCAAUACCAGUGGUACCACAAUGGGCAAUGCUUGCCACAUAGAAAGGGCAGGAAGUUGCUGAUAAAGGUGGUAAAGCCUGGACAUUGUGGAAGUUACCUGUGCUGUGUGUCCAAUGAUCAGGGAGAAUGUUGGAGUGAACCCGUGGAACUCACUAUUGGGGAAGAUGUUAUUUUGCAGGCAUCACCAAAACCCCUAACAAUCACAGGUAAAGUACCAACAGAUGAAUACUUUGCUGUUGGGAAGGUAGCAUUACUGAUUGGCAACAAUGGUUACCUGAAUCAUCCAAAUCUUCUGGCACCGAUGGUGGAUGUUUAUGAGCUGUCUGUCCUUCUAAGAAAAAUAGGAUUUUGUGUAGUGUCCCUGGUGGACCUGACUCAUGAAGAAAUGCUCAGAGCUGUAAAUCAGUUUCUGCAGCUCUUGGACAGAGGAGUUUAUGGUUUAUUUUAUUACGCUGGCCAUGGAUAUGAACACUCUGGAAGAAAUUACAUGGUCCCAAUUGAUGCCCCACAACCCUACCGACCCGAGAACUGCAUCAGCGUACAAAAAAUUCUGCAGAAGAUGCAGGACAGAAGGACAGCUUUGAACGUAGUUCUUUUAGACACGUGCAGGAAAUGGUACAAUUCUGACUGUGCACUGUCUAAAGUGAACCCUCUCAAGCCAUGGGGAAACACAGUUUAUGGAUAUGCCACGAGCGAGAAUGCAGAAGCUUAUGAAGUUCAGGAUGGAGAAUUCUGCUCUGGAAUCUUCAUGACAUAUCUGAAGAAGCACAUAAUGGAAGAGAAGAAGGUGACACACAUGCUAGAAGAGGUCCUGGAAGACAUCGGGAGAGAUCCUCUGGUAACUGGAAAACAAGUGAUGGAAAUAAGGCACAGUCUGAAAGAACCCCGUGCUUUGACUGACAAAAUCUGCACCACUGGAUAUGAGUGUCCGAACAAGACAGAGUGGGAACAGCACAUAGAAUUGCCAAAGCAGAAGAUAAAGUUCUCAUGUGGAGCUGAGGUAGAACUGACGUACCAAACUGUCUUUUCCAACCUCAUCCACACCUUUGCUACACUGACACACAGUCCUCCUCACCUGACUAAUAUCAGGAUCAUUCUCUACAAACCUUAUGAAAUGGCAAAGCUUUGCAGACUUGAUAGAGUAGACUCUGUGUUGACCACGGGAAGUGACCUGAAAGAGGCAGACAGCAUGAUCAGACUUCAUGGCCUGCAGAAAUUUCAGAAGGACAUCAUCAUUAAAGUUGACCUGCAUUGUACGAACAUUGGCACUGGGAACCGCAUACAGGAGAGUUGGGACCAAAGGGUCCCCAAGCUAUGGAUAUCAAAGUUGUUUAGCAGGAAAGAUGUAGCUUUCCUAGAUAGAGACCAUGCAGCUGGAGCCACGUAUAAUGACUAUGUACCAGCAAAUGGAUCCCAGCUCACUACAGAUUGUAACAAACACAAGCCAGGAGCGCACCAUCCCGAAAAUCCAAGUGCACUGCCUUCUAGCAUCCAGUCAAAGUCAAACAGUGAACCCGAGGAAAAUGAUGAAAGUGACAUUUUUCUAGUUUCAUGAGAUGGUUUUCCUUUUCACCAUGUGGAUCAAACAGAUGACAGUGUUUUCAUCACACAGUCAGUAUUAUUGUAGAACAGCCACUUACUUACUUCAGAUUGGUGUUAGUUCCAUAUUUGUAUUGUUCGUGAUAUUUGUGUGUAUGUAUAUAUGUCUAUAUAUUUAUACAUAUAUGCACAAAGUACGUUAUAAGAGUGUC